AUGGUUCGACUGCUCACGCAUUCCGACCAGUACGACAUCCAGGGACUAGUAGCUACCACAAGCUAUUGGUUGAACGAUACCACCGCCCCGGACGAAAUAGACAAGAUUGUGCGAAGCUACGGUUUGGUUCUGGACAACCUUCAAGUCCACGGCCACGGACAAUACCCAACCGAGCAGCAUCUACUCUCCAUCAUCAAGAGUGGGCCGAGGAGCUAUGGCUUGGCAGCUGUAGAUGCUGUCGACGCUGGCGAGCAGAUUUCGGAGGGUGCACAACUGCUCAUCGAUGCCGUCGACGCUUCCGGAGAGCCGCUCUACAUUCAAGUAUGGGGAGGAGCCAACACCAUCGCCGAAGCUUUGCGGCAUGUCCAAUUGAAGAGAUCGCGCGCUGAGCUUCUACAAUUUUGUGAAAAGAUGCGUGUCUACGCCAUUUCUGAUCAAGACAACGCUGGCUCCUGGAUCCGCCACGAAUUUCCCCAGAUCCGGUAUAUCGCUUCCGUCCAUUCGUGGAAUGCCUAUGGUUUGGCAGCGUGGUCUGGUAUAUCUGGCGAAAGUUUCUACGGCUUCGAUGACGGCGGACCGGACAGCGACUUGACGAGCAACGAGUGGAUAAAGACCAACAUUCAGUUGGGCGCGCUGGGAGGAUCCUAUCCAGAUGUCAUGUUCAUCAUGGAGGGCGAUUCGCCUGCCAUGCUUUUCACCAUGCAGAAUGGGCUCAACGCACCAGAGCAUCCUGAAUGGGGUGGUUGGGGCGGUCGAUACGCACCGACUUACCAUGGGAGCAGGCAUUUUGCAGACGCAGCUGACCACGUUGUUGGGAAGAGCAGAAAGACGUACAUGAGCACUCAUGCGACCAUCUGGCGGUGGAGACGGGCGUAUCAGAACGAAUUCGCAGCACGCAUGCAAUGGACGCUGCACGGUAGCAGAGAUACGCGGACGAGUCACCCGCCGGUUGUGGUCGUCAACGGGUCCUGUGGGAGCCAGCCACUCGAGCUGGAGGUUGAAGCAGGCUCAUCGGUCGUGCUGGACGCGACAGAGUCCUACGAUCCAGACUCGGGGAAGAGCGCAGCUCUGAACUUUUCGUGGUGGAUGUAUGGCGAGAUCACGGCGACGCAGUGGCAGGUCCGGUGGGAGGUGUCCGAGCUGGCGAUCCGCCGCGUCCAAGCAAUUCCCGGUGGGAGCAAGGUUGUUGCUGAGGUUCCAUCGGCCGACAAGAGCUGCAGAGCACCGAAGGCUCUGCACAUGGCUGACGACGUGAAGCCUACGUGCCAGGCCUACCAUGUCAUUUUGGAAGUUUCCGGGCCGGGGACCCCACCGAUGACAAGGUAUCGCCGCGUGAUUCUGAAAGUCAAACUGCCAGAGGAGACCAACAUUCAUGACUCCCCAGCACACGAAGAGCUUUGA